AUGGCUCUUCCUCUGAAGGCCGAAGCGGAAGCUGUUUGGUUGGGGCAGCGCCUUUCUGGAGACCAAGAUCGACAGAAGGCGGCCACGUUCUCUUGUCGCCGACCUGGACCAAAGCUUUGGGUGUGCAUCCUUGUGAUACGUGGAUGGGCUACUACAUACGAAGGCACCGAGGCCGGCUCAAAGAAAGCUGCAAAGGAGUCAGCGGCGGCAAAGUUCUACGAAGACCCCGCCGCGCGAAGCCGCAUCAAGCAACUGCGCUCCGAAGAAACGCGCAGUCAGAUGAAGAAGCGCCAUUUCAUCCAAGGCAAAGGCAGAAUGCCCAAGCAACACUUGGUGCAGUGA